UUUUAUUAUUUACUAUGUCUCCUAACCAUCAUCGUGUUGCUAUUAUUGGCUCUGGUCCUGCAGGCCAUACUGCUGCUAUUUAUCUUGCUCGAGCACAAAUGCAGCCUAUUAUGUUUGAAGGCAUGAUGGCCAAUGGCUUUGCUCCUGGUGGGCAACUCACAACCACAACAGAAGUCGAGAAUUUCCCUGGUUUUCCUACAGGCAUUCAAGGUGGCGAAUUGAUGGACCGUAUGCGUGAACAGUCUAUCAAUUGUGGCACUCUGAUUGAAACCGAAACAAUCACCAAAGUCAAGUCAAACACUCGUCCAUUCCAACUCUGGCGUGAAGGCAGUGAUGAAGACAGUGAACCUACAGAUACAGCAGACGCUCUUAUUUUUGCUACGGGUGCUUCUGCUAAACGCAUGCAUCUACCUGGUGAAGAUAAGUACUGGCAAAAUGGUAUCUCUGCAUGUGCCGUAUGUGAUGGCGCUAUCCCUCUUUUUAGAAAUAAGCCUCUUGUUGUAGUUGGUGGUGGCGAUUCUGCUGCUGAAGAAGCCUUGUAUUUGACUAAAUAUGCUUCUCAAGUGCAUGUCUUGGUUCGUCGUGAUGUCCUGCGUGCUUCUAAAGUAAUGGGUGAUCGUCUACUGAAGCAUCCCAAGGUCACUGUCCAUUUUGAAACUGAACCUAUUGAAUGCGUGGGUAAUGGUGAUGUCUUGACAGAAGUCUUGAUUCGCAACACAAAGACAGGUGAAAAUGGUGCAAUUGAAGCAAGUGGAUUGUUCUAUGCUAUUGGUCAUACACCUGCUACUGGUUUACUAAAAGGUCAAGUUGAUUUAGAUGAAACAGGCUAUAUCAAAACGACACCUGGUUCUUCAUUAACAAAUGUGGAAGGCUUAUUUGCUUGUGGUGAUGUUCAAGACAAGAUCUAUCGUCAGGCCAUUACUUCUGCAGGCUCUGGCUGUAUGGCUGGCCUUGAUGCUGAAAGAUACUUAGCUGAACUUGAAGCAUAAGAUAUAAAUAUUCCCCUUUUUAUUUUAUUUUAUUUGUAACAAUAGAGAAAUAAACUCGCAUUUAUUUAUGAUUUUAUA